AUGCCAUCCAAACAAGUUUUUGAAUCUAAAGACGGUGCAACAUACACCACUUCCAACGGUGCACCUGUUUCGGAGCCUUAUGCAGCGCAAAGACUAGGGCUCAACGGACCACUACUUAUCCAAGACUUUCACCACAUCGAUCUCAUUGCCCACUUUGACCGAGAGCGUAUCCCAGAGCGUGUUGUCCACGCUAAAGGUGCAGGCGCUCAUGGAUACUUUGAGGUCACGCACGAUUUGAGUGACAUCACCGACAAUGCUCUGCUCAAGUCUGUUGGCAAGAGGGUUAGAACGACUGCCAGGUUUUCCACGGUCGGAGGCGAGUCGGGCUCCGCGGACACUGCUCGUGACCCCCGUGGUUUCGCCAUCAAGCUCAGAACCGAGGAGGGCAACUGGGACUGGGUAAUGAACAACACUCCCGUUUUCUUCAUUAGAGAUCCUUCCAAAUUCCCGCACUUCAUUCACACCCAGAAGAGAGAUCCUCAGACUCACUUGAAAGAUGCAGACAUGUUCUGGGACUAUCUCGGCCAGAACCCUGAAUCUAUUCAUCAGAUCAUGAUUCUAUUCUCUGACCGUGGAACUCCAGACGGUUUCCACAAUAUGCACGGAUAUUCUGGCCACACCCACAAGUGGUUCAAGGCCGAUGGGUCUUUCGUCUACACCCAACUCCACGUUAGAGCUGACGGUGGAUUCAAGACUCUGAACAACGCUAAAGCAGGCGAACUAGCAGGCUCGAACCCCGACUAUGGUACUCAAACACUGUUCGAAGCGAUCGAAAGUGGAAACUUCCCGAGCUGGACUGUCUACGUUCAAACCAUGACCCCAGAGCAAGCGGAAAAAUUCCGAUACAACAUCCUCGAUUUGACCAAGGUCUGGCCUCAUGGCGAAUUCCCCUUGCGCCCAGUCGGAAAAUUUGUUCUUGAUGAGAACCCUCAAAAUUACUUUGCUGAGAUUGAACAGGCUGCUUUCUCGCCUUCUCACCUUGUGCCAUACAUCGAGCCAUCCGCCGACCCCGUUCUUCAAUCGCGUCUGUUCUCGUACCCCGAUACUCACAGACAUCGUCUGGGCACAAACUACCAGCAGCUUCCUGUGAAUGCACCCAUCGUACCAAUCGCCAAUUUCCAACGAGAUGGUCCGGCCACCUUUGUGUCGCAAGGCGCACGGCCCAACUACCAGAGCUCAAUUCAACCUCUGGCCUACAAGGGCGCGCAGGGAACCCUCGAGGGUGGUGCUCGAGACUUUGAGCGGGAGCUGAAACACGAGAACUUUGUCGGUGCUGCUUUUAGGGAUCUGAGUGUGAUCAACGAGCUUGACUUUGAGCAACCCCGGGCAUUGUGGGCAAAGGUUUGGAAUGACGAGCAGCGUGAGGCGUACGUUCAAAAUGUUGCGGCGCACUUUGGCGGUGUCAAGAGCGCAGAGGUCCGAGCUAGGCAAUUGUCUGUCUGGGCUGCCGUCGAUCAAGGUUUAUCCGACCGUAUUGCCAAGGCUGUCGGCGCUCCCACUGUGAAGCCAUUGGCAUUCAAGCCUGCCAGCGAGUCCGUGAAGUUCAGGGCAAACAUUGGUAUCGCUCCCAACCUGAAGCUCUAA